AUGAAGCAACGCGAGGAGACUCGUCGGAGGCGCAAGGCUCGUUCCUCCGGCUUGUCUGGCGGUCUAAGGGCCAUUCAAGUCGAACUGGAGGACAGCUCUGGCAAUUGUCGGUUACAGACCAUUACUGACCCGACGUUGGUCAAAGAUGGAUGCAUGCAAGAAAAUAGGGCCAGGUACCAACAAACCCAGACCCCACAUCCAACUCCUCCCAUGUCUGAGCCACUCUACACUAUGUUCACGGGCCCUGACGCCAACAACAACCAACAACUUCUUCUGGAGGGCAAACUCCCCAUCUCUGGUGGCCUGGCUUACCCUACCCAAGCCUUCCUUCGCCACUGUCGACUGCACGGCAGUUACCGGUCUCGUCCUUUCCCCUUGACGGUUGAAGAGCACGUGGACUUUUGCAGUUGCACUCCUGAGAACAAGGGUUCUGAGCCCCACGGCCUCCAUAAUGGCCACUUCAAGGCAGGCGCCCUCUCGGAACUGUUGGCUUCUUGUAAUACGGCGUUUUGGGACCUUCCACUCCGUUCAGGCCAUGUUCCGGAACUCUGGAAGAACCUGAUGAAUUUUGCGAUUGAGAAGAAGCCUGGCGACUUCCGCCCACAAGGGAUGCGGACCAUCCAGCUGUUCAACUUGGAGGCUCAAGCCAACUACAAGAAGGCGGGUCGGGCUGCAAUGAAGAUUGCUGAGGAGGAUAACAUCAUCCCUAAAGGACAGUGUGGGUCACGAAAGCAGCACCAGUCCAUUGAUCUCGCCCUUUCCAAACAAUUGAUCUGGGACUUGCUGAUCCUGGAACGACGGUCUUCCGGCUGGAUCUCAAACGACGCAAAGUCUUGCUUUGAUUGCAUCGCUAAACACAGGGUCCAAACUGGCUUUGGCGACUCGGAUCGGACCUUUGGGCCCACUGGCGAUGUUCCCUUCCAGGGCUGCGGUCAAGGCAAUGGCGCAGGCCCGUGCAUCUGGGUUGCAAUCAGUGCCAUCCUCAUUGACACCAUGGAGGUCAAGGGAUUUGGGUACAAGAGCUGA